AUGGCAACCAUCGUUAACUCGGAGAAUGGCAAGGACUAUGAUGAGAAUGAUGGCUACGCGGCCUCUUCCGACUCGGAAGAUGAGUCUUCCACCCCGCUCUCUUCGCAAGUUACCAACGGAGUUCCCGUUCCUGAGCGCAUCAAGCACCACGCAAAGCGCCCUUCGAAGAAUGGCAACCAUGUUGCCGUGCCAAGUGAUGCCUCGCCCACUGAGGCCAAUAUGAAAAAGUUCAUGAAGAACAGCCGACGCUCUCGUGGCCGCUUCGGUCGAGGCCUCGCCAAGAAAGGCGGUGCUGGCGGAAAGGGCACUUGGGGUGGAAUAUGUGAAGACUACGCUAACGACAGUGGUCUCAUGGACCCCAAGGACCCAAACUAUGACUCGGAUAACAUGGAAAACUGCAAGAUUGAGGCCAUCACUCCGGUGUUGGAUGAGGCCGAAAUUGAGCGGUAUGUGAAGCCCAUCAUCACCGAGUACUACGAACAUGGCGACACCGAAGAAGUGAUCAAUCAGCUGGAGGACUUGAACUUUGGCGAUCGCCUGCACUUGGCCGUGGUCAUCCCCACCAUCAUUGCAAUGGAGCGCAAGUCCUCUCACCGCGAGAUGACUUCCGUCUUGAUCUCUGAUUUCUACGGUCGUCUGCUGAGCCAGGAAGACAUUGAACGAGCUUUCGACGUUCUCCUGCAGCUCCUUCCUGAGCUACUCUUGGACACUCCCACUGCGGACAUUCUGCUGGGCAACUUUAUCGCCCGUGCCGUGGCUGACGACUGUAUCCCACCGAUUUACGUGCAUCGCUCCAAGGAGACGUACACCGAGAAGCCAAUGCGCACUGCCGUCGAGAAGGCUCACCAGCUGCUCUCCACUCGUCACGGUCUCAUCAAUGUGGACCAAAUCUGGGGCAUUUCCGGCGGAAUGCGCCCUGUCAAGUAUUUGAUCAAGCAGAUGCAUCUCAUCCUCGAGGAGUUUGUUACCUCAAACGUCGCAGUCGAUGCUGGUGACUGCCUCAAGGAUCUGGAGGUGCCGCACUUUCAUCACGAAUUCGUCUACGAAGCCAUUGUGAAGGCAAUUGAAGAAAGUAAGCCAAACAUAAUCGAACAAAUUUGCUCACUUCUCAAGUACUUGUACGACUCGGGAAUCAUCACUACGGACCAACUCAAAAAUGGAUUUUUGCGGGUUUUCGAGGAGAUGCCCGACAUUGUCAUCGAUGUUCCUUAUGCUUACGAGUUACUCGACACCAUCAAGAGCAAGUCUGAAAAGCUUGGCUUCUUCCCUGAAGAGUUGGAGAAGCAAAUGCCCCAAAGAGCUCGCAAGCGUUUCGUUUCGGAGGGCGAUGGCGGACUGAUCAAGAAUUGA